CCCUCACACGAUUGCGUGCGAUACCUACCCUCUCAAACGACGAUUUCUCAUCUCUUUUGUUGCCCUCUUAUGAUUGUCGUUCAAUCGAUGAUGACCACACUUUCAUCUUAGUUCAUCGUCGUCUCUCUAUUCGUCAUCGUUGUCUCUAUCCAUCGUUUCUCUAUUUGUCGUCUCUUUAUUCAUCGUCUCUCUGUUCGUUGUCUCUAUUCUCUUCAUCUCUACAAGGCAACUGACCGUCAUCCAUAUGGGUUUCACUUAGUUUCUUCGUCUACCAGCUCGUCUCCCUACUGCUAUUAGACACUUCAAUCUAAUGAUUCGAUGUUAGUCUUCUUCUUCCUUUUUAGGUUAGACACUUGAAGCUACAUUGUUUUCAUGCGUUUUACAAGUUUCAUUUCAUCGACCACUGCUCCUGAACGUCGAUGAAUCGAUUUUGAUCAAUACUUCAAGGAGAGGAAAAAAAAAAAGGUUCAAUGGGAGGCAUUGCUUGGACUGAAGAAGAAGAUUACUUACUCAAGAAAUGCAUUGAACAGUAUGGAGAAGGGAAAUGGCAUCGUGUUCCUCAAUUGGCUGGUUUAAACAGAUGUAGAAAGAGUUGCAGACUAAGAUGGUUGAAUUAUCUUCGUCCAAAUAUCAAAAGAGGAAGCUUUACACCACAAGAAGUUGACCUCAUUCUCAACCUUCACAAUCUCUUGGGCAACAGGUGGUCAAUCAUUGCAGGAAGAUUACCAGGAAGAACAGCAAAUGACAUAAAGAACUAUUGGAAUUGUCAUUUGAGCAAAAAGUUGAAUGGUCAAGUAGUUGAGAAGUCAAAUUCCGUAAAACAAGGAUCCAUUUUUGGGAAACCAUCAAAGUGGAAACCACUUCAAGAAGAAAGCAGCAAAUCGAAAGGGAAAGAAUAUGUUGAUGACGAUGAUCAAAAUAAUAAUGAAAGCCAAGGAAUAUUGGUAGAAAAUAAUCAGAAUCAAAAUACACCGAUUGUUAUUGAACAAAAUAGUAGCAUGAGUUUAGGAAACAUGCAAAUGGACUUAUUCCAAUUUGAUCAACAAGUGCUCAAAGCAAUGGAGGAUGAAGAUGGCUGCAAUAAGAGGGAGCUUUGGGAUGAUUGGAUCUCAGAGAUGGAUCUUUGGAUUGAUUCUUUGUGAGAUUGAAGAAGGAAAAUUUUUAUAUAUUUUAGCUUUAUAUAUUUCUCUUUCAUGCAUGCAACAACUGAUCUAUAGCAUUUGAAUACUAAAGUUUGCGUUUAUAUUAUCAUAUGGAAGCAUCAAAUAAAACUUUGUUUCUCGUAACUAUUAAGAUAAUUGAAAAUGUUCUUUACUUUCCAUAA